UUUAAGUUCCCGGUGGUUGUUCAUCAAAACAAAAAUAUGUACGGUGAAUAUAAAUACGCUUGUUUUUGCAGUGUAUGAAAAGUUAAUUCCACUAUUAAUACUAAGCCUAAUUGCCUUAUUACAGGAUGUCCGAUAUUCGAGUCGUACCCUUGGGUGCAGGCCAAGAUGUCGGAAGAAGUUGUAUUCUUGUGACAAUUGGUGGCAAGAAUGUGAUGUUGGAUUGUGGGAUGCAUAUGGGCUACAAUGAUGAUAGACGCUUUCCUGAUUUUACAUACAUCACCAAGUCCGGGAAAUUGACUGACCAUUUGGACUGCGUCAUAAUCAGUCAUUUUCAUCUGGAUCAUUGUGGAUCACUUCCGUAUAUGAGUGAGAUGGUUGGAUAUGAUGGUCCAAUCUACAUGACAUCUCCCACAAAGGCUAUUUGUCCCAUCCUCUUGGAGGACUAUAGGAAAAUAUCUGUAGAAAAGAAGGGCGAGACAAACUUCUUCACAUCAGGGAUGAUAAAAGACUGCAUGAAGAAGGUCAUCACAGUCAAUUUACAUCAGACUAUUAAGGUUGAUGAUGAGCUGGAGAUUAAAGCCUAUUAUGCAGGUCAUGUGUUGGGUGCUGCGAUGUUCCAUGUUAAAGUUGGGGAACAUUCCUUUGUUUACACAGGUGAUUACAAUAUGACUCCUGACAGACAUUUAGGAGCUGCAUCAAUAGAUAAAUGCCGGCCAGAUCUUUUGAUAACUGAAUCAACAUAUGCUACAACAAUCCGUGAUUCAAAAAGGUGUCGAGAGAGGGAUUUCUUGAAGAAAGUACACGAUUGCAUUGAGAAGGGGGGUAAAGUUUUGAUCCCUGUGUUUGCACUUGGAAGAGCACAGGAGCUAUGCAUACUAAUUGAAACGUUCUGGGAGAGAAUGAACCUCAAAGUACCAGUAUACUUUUCAACAGGUCUAACAGAAAAAGCGAAUCAUUACUACAAACUUUUCAUCACAUGGACAAACCAGAAGAUAAAGAAGACAUUUGUACAAAGAAAUAUGUUUGAAUUUAAGCACAUUAAGCCUUUUGACAGGUCAUACAUCAGUAACCCAGGCCCCAUGGUGGUGUUUGCUACCCCAGGGAUGUUGCACUCAGGCCUCUCACUCACCAUCUUCAAGCAGUGGGCUGGGGAAGAAAAAAACAUGGUUAUCAUGCCUGGAUAUUGCGUUGCAGGAACUGUUGGUCACAAAAUAUUAAAUGGACAGAAAAAAAUAGAGCUGGAAAAUCGACAGGUUUUGGAGGUGAAGUUGUCAGUGCAGUACAUGUCAUUCAGUGCACACGCAGACGCCAAAGGAAUUAUGCAACUUAUCCAGCAAUGUGAACCCAAACAUGUUCUACUUGUUCACGGAGAAGCAAAGAAAAUGCAGUUCUUGAAACAGAAAAUUCAACAGCAAUUCAGCAUUGAGUGCUUAAUGCCAGCUAACGGUGAGACAGCUUUGAUACCAACAAAGUGUAACAUCAAAGCUGACAUUUCCUUAGGAUUGUUGAAGAGGAGUUCAGCUAUAAGUGGAUUACAGUCACAACCAUUAGAGGGCAAAAAAGUGAAGACAAUGCAUGGUAUAUUGAUGAUGAAGAAUGAUAAACUUGAGGUUGAAGAUGCAAAUGUUGUGAUGCAACAGCUGGGCAUUGAGGAGCAUGAAAUUAGGUUCUCGUCCAAUAUCACAAUCCCACAGAUGAGUAUGCAAACACUACACAAAAGGAUUAAAAGAAAGUUUUCUGGGGAGAAUGUUCAGCUAAUGGCAGAUGGCUCAAUAAUGAUUGGAUCUGUACUCAUUAAGUCUGCAGGUGAGCCAACAGAAGAAGGAACUGAUUUGUUGGUGUCAUGGUCGUACGAAGAGGAAGAGCUCGGUAGUGCUCUCUUUACAGCAUUAGAACAAGGAGCAAACACACGCCCUCAAUCUCAGCCCUCAACUGCUUCAUGAAGUUGUUAAUAUGUUGCUAUUAUUAUGUUUUACGUGGCAAAACCUUUUAUUGUUGUCAUAGCGCAACCGAACAUUGCAUUCUAAAGUCAAUAUUGGUGCUAUGCAAAUCAUUGUUGAUUGAUUGAUGGUAAAAAAACUAGAAUCAUCAUGAUUUAUUAUGAAAUAUGUAAAAGACACUGAUAACUUAUAAAACAUCUUUUAAGAAAUCCUCAUGGUUUGUCUGGUAAUUACAAUAACCAUCAACAAAGAAAUCAAUAACUUCUACAAUAAUCAUGGUUUUUUUUAGCAAUUAUUGAAAAAAUCAUUAUGGUAAUCUGGCAAUUUCCAUUUGUUUAAUCUGUCUACACUUUGGUAAAAAUAAUGCAUUUGUGCAAUUUCAUAACUGCUUAUAACAUUCACUAUUGUAGUCCAAAGUUAACAAGUUGCAAUUAAGAAUAGGGAAACAAUACAAAAUGUUAUCAACAACUCUGUUAAUUAGGCACUUAUGAUGUAGUAGCUACUCAAGCAUGGAAAACAUUUAUUAUUGUAAAUUUCAUUUUGUUAACAAUUUGUAAGAGAAAACUACUUUAAGUAUUUCCUAUAUGAAACUGUUCCAAUCUUUCAUUCAUUUUUCAUUCUUUCAUUCAUUCAUUCAUUCAUUUAUCCAUUAUUUCUUAUUUUGCGAGUUAGCGCCCCUCAACUGAUCAUCGAGCCCUCCCCCCCAUCAGCACCCCCAUUUCAAGACUUCUAGAUAUACCACUGCUUCUUUGUGUAAUCAAACAUGAGGCUGUCAGCAGGUUCUUUUUUUUUUUUUUUUGGUAAGACAAUUUAAAACUAUUUCCACUAUGAUCCCAUAAGUGUUAUGAUUCUGAUCAAUAUGUAGGAAGGCCUACAGCCACAACAGCUCAAAUUUUUUUCUGGAGAGGAACUACUGUAAAUCUGGCCAUAAAGGCCAACUCAGACAGCGUCGUACGACGCAGCCCGAUGCGAUUUGUUGUUGCGUCGGGUCUGUGUGAGUUAAACGCAGAUGCGAUGGUGUGCGUCGGGGGCAGUCGCGUCGUAGAAUAUUAA